ACACCACCUAGCGGUGACUUAAUAGAAUUGAACAUAAUAGAACCGAAUAGUUCCCAAUUCCGUCUCUCUCUGUUUCUAUCAUUCUCUGCAAAUUGCAAUGUCGAGAAACCACCAUGUCCUCCGCCUGGUGCUCUCAUGCCGCAAAAUCACAGCACAGGUGACGAGCCGCAGCAGCUCCUCAAUCAUAACCAUGGCCUCCUCCUCCGAGCAAGAGUUUGUCGUCCUCUACCCAUCCAAUCUCAACCGCUUCCCUCGCUCCCAAACCUUCUGGGACGCCAAGGUCGCCUCUCACGUCGGCGAGAAGCUCGCCCUCCGUCUCCAAGAUAUUGACGUCACCGGUGUUGAGAUCGACCUCUGCGAAGAGCUUUCCAUGCUCGUCCACCACCGCAUCAGGGUGUUGCCGCUCUUCGACUCUAUUCAGGCCUAUCCACCACGUGGCUGACGUCGCCCAGACGUCAGCCUUGCGUCACGUGGCCUUCGGGUUCUCGGGCUGGCUACUCGUGCCGAGCCUCUUCCUCGGGCUUGCUUGGGCUCAAUCGCCUGCAUACACUGGACCUCAUUGCUUGGGCUAUCUGGCCCUGUUUGAGAGCCAGUCCAUCGGGCUAUUGCCC